UGGAUGUAUAAAGGCAAUGCUACUACUACUGCAUAACAUGCUCAUUAAAACAAACACCGGGAUAACAAUUAGCGGCAUUAUGUGUUUGGUUGGAAAUAGGAAAGGAAGAAGUUAAUUGACUAAUUGUGGGGAGGGUUGAUAGUAGAAUAAACUGGGGAAUGGACACUGAAAGAGCUAAAGCUCCAUCCCUCUGCAGACGAUGUUAACAGCUGCCGUAAAAAGAAGACGACAGCAACAGGAACAGGCUAGCUAGCUAACUUGACCGCAGUGCUAGCUAGGAAGCUUGUUUACGGCGCAACCAUUGGCAGUUCUGAAGAUUUGACUUCGGUGUAAUGCGAGCUACUCUGCGCUGGGUGAUAUGGGAUGUGAAAGACACCCUGCUGAAGGUGCGUGCAUCUGUGGGAGAGCAGUAUUGCAAGGAGGCUGAACGAGUGGGCUUGAACCUCAGCCCUGUGGAGGUUGACGCUGCUUUCCGUCAGGCAUAUCAACAUCAUUCCAGCAGAUACCCAAACUAUGGCAUCACUCAGGGCCUGGAUGGACGCUCUUGGUGGAUGAAGGUGGUGCGGGACACUUUCUGCCAGUGCAGGGUAACGGACCCAGCUCUGCUAAAUACAAUGGCUAACAACCUUUAUCAUAACUUCUGCAAUGCAGAGAAUUGGGAGGUAUUUCCAGACUCAAAGAAGACCCUGGAGAGAUGUACUUCUCUAGGACUGAAGCUGGGUGUGGUAUCAAACUUUGACAGCCGCCUAGAAGAGAUUUUACGCGUCUGUGGCCUGCUGUCUCACUUCAGGUUUCUGAUUACAUCAGAGGACGCAGGUAUAGCAAAGCCGAGUCCAGCCAUCUUUGAUCAGGCACUGCAGAAAUGUGGAGUAGUAGCUGCUAAUGUAGCUCAUAUUGGGGACCACUAUGUGAAUGAUUACCUCGCCUCUAGGUCUGUGGGCAUACACGGGUUCCUUUUAGACAGACACAACAAGCAUAAACAACCUGACGUUCCUCAAGAGCAUCGGCUCAGCUCCUUGGAGGAGCUGCCGUCACUGCUUCAGCAGCACAUGCACUAAUGCUAAACAGUCAUUGGACCAAUCCCAAAUCCUCAGUAUAUUUAUCUAAAAUUCCUCACUCUCACUGUUGUGAAUAUUGACAAUGAAAUGCUAUCAAAUAUGGAUGUUUUUUAAGGUAUUGUAUCGAAGUUAGAAAUUGUAGUAUAUUGACAACACAGAUAUUUAUAUAAGAGAAAAUCAUGGGUUGUAAUAUAAAACUGUGUGUAUAAUGCUCUUUUGCUGUAAAUAAAUUGGGUUUGUCUUAGAACUGA